UGAAAACCAGGAGCAUGUUCAAAUAGACAAAGAGCUGGAAUCUAGAGCUCUGGAUAUGUGAGGCCCACUGAGCCAGUCCAUGUAUUUUUUCUUAAAAAACAGAAAAGACUCUUGCAUAAUCUUUAAGUAAAUUAUAAUAUUGAGACUAUUGUAAAACUUGCACAAGUGCAUUUUCUUACAGCAACAGCAUUCCACCCACUACCACUCUGGAAAACCUAAGAGACAAAAUUCAAGCAGCUGAAGGAAAAUGCUUUGUGGACACUGCAUUCUGGGGAGGCGUGGUGCCAGGCAACCACUGGGAACUCCGGCCCAUGAUUAAAGCAGGAGUCGUCGGGUUCAAGUGUUUUCUUAUCCAUAGUGGUGUGGAUGAGUUCCCUCACGUUACAGACAGUGACCUGCAUGUCACUUUGGAGCAGCUCAAAGGCACUGGAAGCGUUUUACUAUUCCAUGCUGAGCAGGAAAUUCAGCCUCCAUCUGAUGAAGAUGUUUCCACUUCAGAUCCUUGUGAAUACUCAACUUUCCUGAGAUCCAGACCAGACACCAUGGAAAUGGAGGCCAUUAGAACAGUCACACAGCUUUGCCUCAGAUACCAGGUACGAUGCCACAUUGUGCACCUGUCCUCUGCUCAGGCCCUGGGCCUCAUUCAAGAGGCACGCUUGGCUGGUGCCCCACUGACAGUGGAGACCACCCACCAUUACCUAACUCUCUGUGCUGAAAACAUCCCCCCCAGGGCUACCCAAUUCAAAUGCUGUCCCCCUAUUCGAGGGAAGGCUAAUCAGGAGCAACUGUGGUCAGCACUGAAAUCUGGACUUAUUGAUAUGGUGGUAUCAGAUCAUUCCCCCUGCAUUCCAGACCUUAAAACCCUUCAAACUGGAGACUUUUUUCAGGCCUGGGGUGGGAUUUCCUCCUUGCAGCUUGGUUUGUCACUGUUCUGGACUACAGCCAGUAACAAGGGAUUUUCAGUUUUGGACAUGGUAAGAUUACUCUGCCAAAAACCAGCAGAAUUGUGUUGCCUUGACAACCAGAAAGGCAGCCUUUCUCCAGGCCAUGAUGCUGACCUAGUUAUAUGGGAUCCAGACGACGAAUUUGAGGCAAGUAUUGAGUAUUUUAUAUACUUUUCAAAGAAAUAUCUAAAUGUCUCAAUGCUGCAAAACCAUAAUUGUAUUAUAUUCCAGGUGAAAGAUGCAAACAUAUUUCAUAAAAAUAAGCUGACUCCAUAUCUUGGCUGCAAACUUCGAGGAGUGGUUUAUGCAACUGUUGUCAGGGGGAAGAUUGUCUACAGUCAAGGCUCUUUCUCUCCUCAACCUCUCGGAAAACAUCUUUUCAUUACCCAGCCACAGGCUAAUGAAGAACAAUCUAGUUUUGCUUCAUAGAUUGUGUAAAUGAAUGAAUAUUGUUUAAUUCAAUGCAUUAAUAUGUUAUGAUACUGUUAAAUGGACACAUUUUACUAGAAAACUAAAUUUCAGUAGUUCCAUAUUUUCUGACUGCCUGUCUAUAAUUUUUUCUUAGAGUUAUAUUUAUAAUAACAUGCAAUGAUGUGCAAUAUGAUUUGCCUUCUGAUUGAAUAAAGAAUAACA